AUGACGCUGGAGGACUUCGAAAAAUCUCUUGCGGAGGAGCGCGAGCGCGAAAGGCGACGCGAGAAGAGCGACGGGGACAAGCAUCGCCACCGGCAUCACGACCGCGAGCGUGACCGUGAUCGCGACAGAGACCACCGUCGGGAUCGAGACCGCAGCAGGGAGCAUCGGCAUCGGCACCGCUCCCACCGCCACCAUUCGCGCUCCCGAGAAAGAGGAUCGGACAGGAACAAUGAAUCGCACAGGGACGAUGGCCACCGGCAUAAACGCUCGCGGCAGUCUUCCGACCAUGGCGAGGAUAGGGACCACCAUAAGCGUAGACACCGGGAAAAAGAGGGUCGGGAGGAUGAGCCCGCAACGACGGCGGAAAUCACGCAAGAAGAGCCAGCACGAUUGAAAAGAGAUGCGUGGAUGGAAGCGCCGUCCGCGUUGGACAUCGACUAUGUCCAGCGGCGCGAAAAGACACGACUCGAGCAGGAGCCGAAACCACGAAUGCUGCAGGCGGACUUUGAGCUUAAAAUCCACAACAAGGAGUUGAACACCCACUUGCGCGAUCUGAGAGAUGGCAAGGCACUCGAGGAGAUUGAGCAGGAGCCGGCUGAACAUGAGGUCAAUUACACCUUCGGCGAUGCGGGUUCAAGCUGGAGAAUGACCAAGCUCAAAGGCGUGUAUAGGGAGGCGAAGGAAAGUGGUCGUUCCGAGGAGGAGGUUGCCAUUGAGCGCUUCGGGGAUCUGCGCUCUUUUGAUGAUGCCCGUGAAGAGGAAGCGGAAUUGGAGCGCCGCGAAACGUACGGUGAGGGCUACGUUGGGAAGGAGAAGCCUACGGGUGAACUAUUCCGAGAGCGCAAGCAACAAGAAAAUGUCCACCGUGAUGUGCAUGAGCACCUCCGGGAUCCUGAGAAGGAGUUCAGCGCUCCGCAAAUGAUGCGAGCGAAGCUCAGGGCCGCUCCAGAUGCUGCUGAGCUCGAGGAGCAAUAUAAUGCCGCCGCGGCUGCUAUGGCUAAUAGGAAGGAACCGGACGUUAUGGUGCUCGGAGUCAUGGAGAAUAGAAUGCUGGCCGGGAAGAGGAACGAAGUUAAAGCCAUACAGACGAAACGCGGCUUGGAGCGAGGAAAGGUCGAAGAGAAUGAGGACAUGACGAUUGAGGAUAUGGUCCAAGAAGAGCGUAGGAGUCGCGGCCAGUUUGGCGGAGAGGGACGACGUCUCGCCGAGAGGAUUGCGAAGGACAGCAGGUUCGAAAAUGAUCUAGAGUACAUGGACGACAAUGCUUCCAAACUGGCUCGCCGGGUUCAUCGCUCCGAGAUCGACCUCAGGAAUACCACAAUUAACGAGCUACAAAAGAUGAACAAGAUCCUGGACAACUGCCCACUAUGCCAUCACGAAGACACGAACACCCCCCCAGUCGCCCCAGUCGUGUCUCUUGCGACACGAGUCUACCUGACACUCCCAACCGAGCCCGAAAUCAGCCCCGGCAGCGCCACCAUUGUCCCAAUACAGCAUCGCACCAACCUCCUAGAAUGCGACGACGACGAAUGGGAGGAGAUUCGCAACUUCAUGAAGAGCCUCACUCGCAUGUAUCAUGACCAAGGCCGCGAUGUCAUCUUCUACGAAAACGCUGCGGCACCCCACCGGAAGCGCCACGCAUCUAUGGAGGCCGUCCCCCUCCCCUACAGCCUAGGAGAAACUUCACCGGCAUUUUUCAAAGAGGCCAUACUCUCUUCUGAUGAGGAGUGGACGCAACACCGCAAGCUCAUCGAUACGCUCACCAAGUCCAAGCAGGGUCUCGGCCGAAACGCCUUCCGCCGCUCCCUUGCCAAGGAAAUGCCCUACUUCCACGUUUGGUUCCAGCUUGACGGCGGAUUGGGCCAUAUUGUUGAAGAUGCCAAUCGGUGGCCGAAAGGCGAUCUCUUUGCGCGCGAGGUCAUUGGAGGCAUGUUAGAUGUUGGCCCCGAGGUGAUUAAGAAACAGGGACGCUGGACACGAGGAGGAGACCGGCGAGUUGGCGGGUUCCAGAGCCGGUGGAGGAAGUUUGACUGGACGAGGGUGCUUGUUGAGGGCUGAGCUCUGUAUUCCAGUAAGAACUGGAAAUAACCCGUUCCAGCCUGAAUACAGGCCCUCUCUGAAACAAUAUAGUUUGCCGCUUACUGGCGC